AUGGGACUACGAGAAAGACUCCAAGUAAAACAAGGCGACGCCAGCCUGGCCACCGAAGCCGUUGCCUCCAACAAAGACCUCGACCCGAUCCCGCUCGACUCGCCCAAACGCACGUGGAGAUGGCCGUCACUACUGGGGUUCUGGGUCGCCGAGGCGUUUAGUAUUAGCAUGUAUCAAGUGACCUCGACUUCGGUCAGUAAGGGCCUAAGUGCUCCAAUGGCCAUUGCGGCUGUGGUGGUCGGACAUAUUCUCGUUUGUAUUCCGGCUAUGCUUGAUGGCUACGUGGGUGCCAUCUUUGGCAUCAACUUCCCCGUCUACACUCGAGCCAGCUUCGGUAUGAAGGGGAGCUACUUCGCCGUCUUCGUUAGAGGGAUUGUCGCUAUUAUCUGGUUUGGCACGCAGACGUACCAGGCCGGCCAAUGCGUGUCUACCAUGCUAAGCGCCAUCUGGCCGUCCUUCAACCACUUCCCUAACCACCUCCCAUCCUCCGGCCCAAUCACCUCCGCCGAACUCCUCUGCUUCUUCCUCGCCAUCAUCCUGCAAGCGCCACUGCUAUGGCUCAAAGUGUCCAAGCUACGAUACCUCUUUAUCGUGAAAACGUGCAUCAUGCCGAUCUUCGGAAUAGUCCUGUUCGCGUGGGCCGUAAAGGCAGCAAACGGCUUCGGGCCGGUCUUUUCCAAACCGUCGAAGAUAACCGACGGCACCCCGGUGGCCGUCGUUUUCCUGCAGUGCGUUACCUCGGCCAUCGGGCCGAAGGCGACGCUGGCCCUGAACAUGCCGGAUUUCACGCGGUACGCCAAAACUCCCAGGGAGGUGUUCUGGACGCAGGCCGUGGGACUGGUGGUUCUCGUCUCGCUGUGCGGUGUGCUCGGCGCCACAGUCUCCAGCGCGAGCGAGGUGAUCUACGGCGUCCAGACAUGGAACCCGCUCGAAGUCGCUGUGCUGUGGAACAACCGUGCAGCACAGUUCUUCGCGGCAUUCUGCUGGUGUCUGGCGGCGAUCGGCACGAACAUCAGCGCGAAUAGCGUCUCCUUCUCGAACGACCUGGCCCUCUGGUUUCCCAAGUACGUCGAUACCCGUCGCGGGGCGUAUAUCUGCGCGCUGCUGAGUAUCCUCAGUAUGCCGUGGUACAUUCAAAACAGCGCGGCGAGCUUUUCAUCUUUUCUAGGUGGGUACAGCCUGUUUCUUGGUGCUAUUGCUGGGGUGAUUGUGGUUGAUUAUUGGGUUUGUCGGGGGCGGAGACUUCGAUUGCGCUCACUGUACGAAGCUCAUGGUACGCACUACUUCACCAAAGGUGUGAAUAUACGCGCCAUGAUCUCGUUUGUCUGCGGCAUCGCGCCGAAUCUGCCUGGUUUGGCUGCGGUGACAGGGCAAGACGGCGUGCCGAAGGGAGCGAAUUACUUGUACAGCUGCAGUUGGUUGGUGAGCAUUGUUGUUUCUGGGAUGGUCUAUUACUUGCUGUUUUUUGUCUGGCCGUUUGAUGUUGAAGAGAAAGUCAUUGUGCUUGAGGGAAUGGAGGAGGGAGAUAGGGUUGUUAGGGUUGAGGAGGCGGUGGUGCAGAAGAAGGAGGCUGUCUCUGCAUAG